UAUUAUUGUAUGUUUUAAUUAUCGAAACUAAAAACGUAAGCUUUGACAAGAUGUUCUAAAAUCUAAAUUUGAGUUUGCUUAAACGUGGGGUAAUGGAGUCCCUCUUUGACCAAAACCAAUGGAAAUGAAAAUCUCAUAGAGCACCAUUAACCGCGCAAUUGCUACGAGUUUCACAACUGCUAAAUCAAGAAAAGCCUUCCCGUCAGAAAAUAGAAAACGAGUAAGAGGAACCAAAACCAGACCAACCAGCCAAGUUGCCACCCUCGUUUCAAAGCCUAGACAUUGAAGCGAUUCCCGAGGAGGAGGAUAAGUCGCUCAACAACAUAUACAAUCUUCCUUUUCAUUUCCCACCUGAAAGCACAAAUCUUCGGCACCAUCCCUCUUCGUUUUCGCAAUUGUGGAUUUAUAUUUCCGAGAAACGGUUGUAGUCAAACCAAGUUGUUAAAUCGGAAUGGCCGCCGCUGCGGCGUGUAGACGGGUCGCCCAAUCCGGGAGGAUCGGGUUAUCCGGGUUCGGAGCCCUCGGCGGUUCGAAGCUGAUAUCUCCGAGUUUGCCGCACCGGCAGUUGGAUUGCAGGCUCAUUUCAGAGCUUGUCAAAUCCAGUAAUGGAAAGCGCCUUUUUCUUGUUGACACAUUAGCCUUGGUUAGGAGAUUAGAGGGGCAAGGGGUGCCCUCGAAGCAGGCCGAAGCGAUAACAGCUGCCAUUACUGAGGUUUUGAAUGACAGCUUGGAGAAUGUGUCUCAGUCGUUUGUUUCCAAGGGGGAGCAGCAGAAAAAUGAGAUGAUCCAAGACUCCAACUUGUCCAAAUUCAAAUCUGAAGUUCAAAGUUCACAGGGACACCAUUUUUCUUUGUUGCAACAUGAGACUGAAAAACUUCGGAAUGAUAUAGAGAAGAUGCGCAAUGAAUUAAGGUAUGAAAUCGAUAAAGUUACUGCAGGGCAAAGGUUGGAUUUGAAUCUUGAAAGGGGGAGGAUACGGGAAGAGCUAGCAAAUCAGAAUGCUGAAACCAAUAACCUUACUAACAAACUUGAUCGGGAAAUUCAUGCUUUGCGCGCACAAGUGGAAGCCGCUAAAUAUGAUGUCAUAAAAUACUGCAUAGGUACACUUGUUUCCAUAUCUGCUGUUGGUCUUGCUGUACUACGUAUCUUGAUGUAAACUGUGUUCCAUAGUUACUGGUAACAAACCCAAUAGGGGGUUCUGUGAAAAGGUUCAUUCUUUUCAGUAACCUUUUCAAGCUGUUGUUGUAUUCUGUAUUGAUAAGAAUUAUGAUAAAGAUAUCAAUGAUAAUGCAAGUAUAUCAUUGUCAAUGGGGAUUAAGGAAGUGGUUCAGUUACCUAAUGCCCAUUCUCAUUUCGUCACUC